AGAGAAUCAAAGUCCCCCCACCUCACCCUGCCCCUUUCGAUGCUGCGUUUUGUUUGCUUGGUAAUUUCCGGCGCCGCCGAAAGGAUGAACGACCUGCAUCUGUUUAGUGUGAGCCGUGGUGCAGCUUCAUUCACGAUGUUGUGAAAGCACAGAGCAGACACCAGGCCCAGCCUGACAUUAUGCGCGCGCGCGUGCCGAGCACAAACACAACUUCGGACACGCUCGGUGGCAGUGUAGCGGGAUCUGGCAGCUGCUGCUAGACAUCAGAUGGGGAGGCAGAGCGCAGGUGGUGGGAGCUGACAUAGAGUUUGAACUUCGACAGAUGCUGGAGAAUCCCGAGAGAUACAGACAGAGAACGAGAGAUCGCUAGUUCCCUUCCCAACCCACCCACUACCCGUCGCCACCCAUAGUUGCAACCUGUGACGGUGGUGUGACUGCUAUCACGACAGUCUGGUAGUCUGCUCGGGAAGCUGGAGGGCACUGUUGUGAUGCUUGCACCAUGCCUUGGCCUGCAGCGGAACUCGACUGACCAGUCAAUGUGGUGGCUUCAGAUGGCGGCUGUGUUUAGACAAAAAACUCCACGGUGGGCGCGGACUUAGAGAAUGGGUGUGCUAGACAGACCAUGUUUGUCACUAAUCGACGUGGAACUGGCCAGCACAACGCCUCAACCGAUGGUAACAGGCGAGGUGCCGGACAUUCUGAUGGGCAACUUCAGUUCUACCAACGACUCCGUCAUAUGCUCCACUGCACUUCCCGACACGGCUAAACACUCCCUAGAAGAAAGCUUGAAUGCACUCAUGUACAUCGUGGUGGUGCUGCUUUUCUACGCGUUUAGCCUGGUGGUGCUGAUGGUCAAAUACAUUCGCCGCGAGAACAAGGAGGCCUACCUACGCCAGUGCUUCCAGGAGUUCGUGGCCCGCGAGCAGUUUCAGUCUGCGCAGAUCCGCAACCAGAUCCACAUGCAGCACGUCAUACGACAGACAGACCUGCAGCAGCUACAACACUGCAGCAGUCACGAGCCGAGGACACAACACCACAGUCCCGAGCUUUCAUGCAUGGAAUCAAUUACUGAACAACCUUCCGGACAGCUUGCUGUAUUAGUUCAAGAAACUCCCGUGUAAUUUUAUUUACUUUCACGUUCUGGACUCUUUUUAAAAGCUAAAAAGAUGGAUGAUUGUGUUACAUGUUUGGGUAAAAGAGAAAAUUUUCUUCCUAAUGUGAAACUGAGACAGCAAAGUGUUUUAGAGAACGCGUUCCUCCCGUCUUGUGGAGAACAGCGGCAGAUGCUUCGCCAAAAAAAAAAAAAAUGUACUCGGUGUAAAUGUAUUUCUGUGCAUUAUUACAUGCCUUUGUUAUCAUUUGCUCUUUUUCAAUACAUUCUUCUCCCUCAAUGAAAUCCCCACCUACACAUUCUCUUCACUCUCGUACUCUCGUCAGGGUCAUGAAUGAUUCUCCCUACUGUCGUCGCAGCGAGCAAGCAGGUGCUAGGAGAUAUUCCACUGCAGCAAAACACUUCAACGUUUCCGGCGUACCUCGACUCCUACAUCAGCCUGCGAACUUGGUGUUAGUAAGCUUAGCAUGCAUGGAGGCAUCACGAAGUUAGGCUUCAGAUAAACAAGGCAGCAGUUUAUUUGGUGUCUUAACUUAGAACAUAGCACGUGCUACUCGAGGUCCAAAAACAGAUGGCGAAGAUUGCAUGCAGUGUGAUCGGAUCGGAGACAAGCGAAAACGGACAAACAGUUGCAAUAAGACAAAGUAACACAAAAUAAUAAAAUAUUUACAUUUUAUUUUAAUAUUUUAAUUCGUGUGAUCAUCUGCGAAAACGUAUUAAAAAGCUACGUUGCUAUAUGCUCAUUGUAACUCUAUUUUUAGAAUGUUUUAAUUUUUGUCUGACCAUUGCAGUAAAUGUUUUCAAUACUUUUUAUCUUUGGUUAUUUUAUCUGACGUUGUAAAUGCUUACU